AUGCAAUCCCACAAACCCAAGCACUGGCCAUUUGACACCCGGCUUCCGGAGAACUCUGAGGAAGAACGGUUCGCAGAAAGGACCAUCGCCAGCAUAACACGUUUGAUUGCCAAGCGAAGGCAGGAAAAGCAUGCGGCAAAAACACACUGCACCUUUUGCGGCAAAGAUGCCGACGACGCCCGGGGUCCCCUCAGGAGAUGCAUGCGCUGCAGAGCGGCGCACUACUGCGAUCGAAACUGCCAGGUCUCGGAUUAUCAGGCUCGUCACAAAGACGAGUGUGUUAAUUUUGUGCACCCACCUACCACGGACGGAUUCCUCACGAAGCCCAUCGCCGGCGAGCGGUACCCCCCACAACCCGUCUUCGCGCACUCGCACUCGGAUAGUGUUGGCUGUUGGGUCACCGUUGAAGGCUGUAUCGAUUGCAACUUGCGGCCCCUGAUAGACCCUCUCGAUGUGGCCACUCCGCUCGACAGCCGCAAAAAGCAUUUCGAAGAGGAAGCCGGCCGACGGACUAUCCGCACUCACAAAGCUCUUGACCUCAACUUGCUCGAUCUGCGUGUCCUCGUGCAGAACCGGCGCACGGACAAGACGCCUAUACUCGUGUAUGGCGCGCGCGCACAAGCUGAGGCCCUGCCUCCCAUGGCCUUCCAUGUGCUGCGGGGGGAGGCGGAGGGCGAGAACAUCAAUAAUUUCAUUCAGAAUGGAAUGCGUCGUGUGGUUAUGGGCGUCGCAAAGGACAUUUGGGACAAAACGCCCCGUGUUAGAAUCUGCUCCAUCAACGGCGCCGAGUUCAAAAGAGGCACACGUAGGCCGGUAAACAUCAAGGACACCAAAGAGGCCACCAUCCUCCUCCACCCAGGAGAAUAUGUGAUCCUGCACCUCCAGUUCCGCGUCGGCGACGGCCAGACGGUCACGAAAGACUGGCAGGCCCUCAGUACGCUCAAGACUGUCUUCAUCCCUUGGGUGCUCUGGAAUGGCAUCUCCACGCCUGCAGCGCCUGCCAGUCCCGAUGACGUACAUCUGGUGCGGGCCUCGUUCGACCAGCGCAGGGUGCGCGCAUACUUCGCGGAUUUCAUCGAGCAUGGCCAGGACGCGUUCGUACGGAGCCACUUCGGUGACGUGUAUGCGGAUUUGUUGCGGAUUGCGGACGAGGGGGCGGAACGAGAGGGCGAGGCAAUUUUUGCAGAGACCGCAAGAGGAGAGGACGCAGGUGAGAUUGCGCAGAUGCUGAGGGAGAUGGGAAUGGACGACCUCGCGGACAAACUCGUACGCGCAUCGCGGCAGUGACCGCGACUCAGUCCUGUCUGCGCUGCGCCUGUGGGCCGAAUGCGAGAGACAAUCUGCUUGUCGUACAGGGACUGCGUCUCCAGAGAUGCGCAAUGCCUACGUGGAAGGAAUGAACGUACGGU